GUCUUCCUCCGACUUUACCUACUACACCUGUCUGUCUCUCCAGAUAGUUAACUAAUCGGGAUAACACUGUACACCACAACGACAAUCAAAAUGUCCACCACAACUUCAGCAACAGCAAUAACCCUCUCCCUCCUGACCUCCCUCGGCGGCACAAUCGGAUACCUCCGCACGGGCUCCCUCCCAUCCAUCAUCGCCGGCGUCUCCGUCGGCGCCCUCUACCUGCUCAGCUUCCUGCGUCUGCGCGCCGCCCAGCCCUACGGCGACGAGAUCGGGCUCCUCGCGUCGCUCAUCCUCGGCGGUUCGUCGAUCCCCCGCGCCAUCAAGACGAGGAAAUUGGUCCCCGGGGUGUUGAGUCUGGUGGCGCUUUAUGGGAUUUUGGUUUUUGGGGGGGGGGUUUAUCGUCGGGGGUAG